GUAUAAAUACACACGCGCUCUGCCCAUAACCCGUCACCAUGAACACGAUGCUCGUAGCUUCCCUAGCCGUGGCUUUAGCCAUUGUCGCGGCCUUCGCCUCGGCUUCGACAAGCGGUUUCGGCGUCUUCGCGCCUCCUCGAAUCGACGGCUCGCUUGAUGUUCUCGGAUCGGCCAGGGUGGUUCAGCUCGGUGGACCCGUUGGUCCGGAGAGUCUGGCCUUCAAUCCGGCGGGUGAGGGUCCGUACACGGGUGUCGCCGACGGUCGGAUCCUGAGAUGGCGGGGAGAUUCGCUUGGAUGGACAGAUUUUGCUUACACCUCGCAUAAUAGGCAGGAGUGUAGUCGCCCAUUUGCCCCAGAGAUGGAGCAUGUGUGUGGUAGGCCGCUGGGACUGCGGUUCGAUAACAAAACCGGAGAUCUCUACAUUGCCGAUGCAUAUUUUGGCCUUCUUGUCGUCGGUCCAACCGGUGGUUUAGCCAGACCCUUGGUUACGGAAAUCGAUGGCCAACCGCUUCGUUUCACUAACGAUUUGGACAUCCAUGAUCAGGCGGGUGCGAUCUACUUCACGGAUACCAGCACCAGAUUCCAGAGAAGGCAAUUCUUGUUGUCGGUCUUAAACUUGGACAAGACAGGGAGACUGAUCAAGUUCGAAAAAUCUACCGGGAAAGUAACCGUGCUGCUACAAGGGCUUGCGUUCGCAAACGGCGUUGCGCUAAGCAAAGACCAGUCUUAUCUGCUGGUAGCCGAAACGACCACUUGCAGGAUCCUAAGGCUAUGGCUCGACGGUCCGAAGGCGGGAAGCCACGACGUGUUUGCAGAGCUCCCGGGGUUCCCGGACAACGUAAGAAGGAACCCGGAGGGGGAAUUCUGGGUGGCGUUGCACGCGAAGAAAGGGCGAGUGGCAAGACUCGCCCUUUCGCACUCGUGGUUCAGAAAUCUGCUGCUGAAACUCCCCGUGAGCCCUCAGCGUCUGCAUUCGAUAUUCAUCGGGGGAGAGCCUCAUGCGACGGCCAUGAAGCUGAGCGAGACAGGGGAGGUUCUUGAGGUUCUUGAGGAUACUGAAGCGAAGAGGUUGAGUUUCAUCAGUGAAGUGGAGGAGAAAGAUGGCAAGUUGUGGAUGGGCUCAGUUCUCAUGCCUUUCCUUGGAAUUUACGAUUUAUAAUUUUGGAUUUAUGAUUUAUGAUUCCCUCAAUGUCUGGAUAUUUAUGAAUAUGUAUGAUCGAUCAUUUUCCCCUGACA